AUGGCCCCAUCUCAGAUCAACGACAAGAAAGUCCAGUCCCCAUCCGAGGUCAAGACUUCCAACACGGGCCACAACCUCAACAAUGGCCUCACCUUCGCUCGUCCAAGCAUGCGUGGCUGGUGGAUGUGCCAUGUCUGUCGCCAGACCAACAACCCAGCCACCACGCCUCAACGCUGCCCUACCUUCGGCAUUGCCGAUAUUGAGCAGGCGUUUUGGAUUAGAGACCAAGCAGCAAUGCUACGACAGAUGACACUUUCGAGUGGUGCGGGGGUCCGAGCUUGGGUUUAG